CAUGGAGGGGAUAGUCAUGCUUAUUGUUUUAAUGUGCGUUUUCCCUCCACGCUGUAAACGUGUUGUUGCGUUUGUACAAUUUGGCAUUUCUGAAUUCGACUCACAAUCGGAUCGCGUUCAUGUUUCUGAUCUAACCCUAAAUACGUUCUCCGAUCUGUGAGCAGCAUGUCGAAAAUAGUAGAGUCUCUGAAGAGGUUGAAUGUCGAGAAUGGUGCGGAAUCAAGAACCGAACAAGAUACUGAGAAGAUUGGCGAAAAAGGCGAGCUAAUAAUGACAAUGGAGGAGGUGGUGUCGCACGAUCAGAAUUACAUCCUUUCUGUUUGUGGGACUCAAAGUGAGCCAGAAUUUAGGAUUGGUGCAGCAUUAUCUGAUCAUUCAUGUGUAAUAUAUUCUGUUGGUGAGUCCUUAAGCCGAAUGAUUACGCUAGAACACAAUCAAACGCCUAUCGUGGGAGUUAAGUUCAGUCCUAAUUCCAGAAAUAUAUUAUAUACCGCUACUAAUGAUGGACAAAUCUCAGCAUGCGAUUUGCGUGCUAAAGGAAAGGUUGUGGCAAAAUUUAUAGAUAGCACAGAGGAUGGUAAAACAAAACCUUUAGCCAGCUUUGAUAUUAGUUGUGAUGAUAGACUUAUAGCUGGUGGAACAGAACACACAGGUGGAGAUGCAUUUAUUUUGUUUUGGGAUGUAAGAUAUAAUGGUUCCAAAAUAGAGAAUAGAAACAAUCUCCUCGGUGGAUAUUGGGAAUCUCAUAUGGAUGAUGUCACUUGUCUGAGUUUUCACCCUGUUAAGCAGAAUGUUUUGGCAUCCGGUAGUACAGAUGGUCUGAUGAAUUUAUUUGAUCUCACACAGCCCUCGGAAGACUUGGCCUUAACAUGCUCAUUGAACACUGAAUCAUCAGUGGAUAGAUUAGGUUGGUUAACUGAUGACUCCUUAUGGUGUACAACACAUACACAUACAUUACAAUUAUGGAAUUGCGAAGAUGCCAGUGCAUAUGCAACAUUUACAAGAAGUCAUCUGGCUGUAUCACAGAAUGAUGAUCCUGAUAAUUGUUAUUUAGUGAGAUUCCAUGCCACAAAUGUAUUUGGGCAACCAUUUCUGCUAACAGGUUCCAGUACAGCUAAAGGGGAGAAUUUAAGAUGCUUAAACAUUAUGAAGAAUCGUUUGGAAACAUGUCACGACAUUGUAGGAAAUAAGCAAAUAGUGCGGGAUAGUUGGAUACAUGAAAAGAGCGAUUGUUUGGUGACAGUUGGCGAAGGAGGUAUUAUUAAUGUGUGGCGGCAAGCGGAAACGAUGCAACAAAGUUCACCCUGCAAGCUGUUGACUAAAAUUAGCAAUGGGAAAGGUCGUGAUCGACAUCACAGAACUAAACCUUAUUAAAUAUAUAAACGAUUAGGAAGAUGGAGAUUGUUUCGAUACGAAAAUUUUGUAAGAAAUAUGUACAAUAAAACUCUGUAACAAAGCA